AAAUAUAAUUUUCUAUAAUAUGUUAUCUCAAUUAUGCAAUAGGCGUUAGCCGAAUAUUAUUGUAGUGUCUUCUAGUCCAUUAGUAUUUAGUACCUAUAAUAUCUAAAAUCAAUGUAGAUUCCUCUAGUCAUUAUUCAUUCACCAAGUUGCCAGUGGGCUUGUAAUUAAAUAUUAAGUGUGUUCAGUGUUGGCUGUUGAUGAUUAUCGAAUAGUAAUAAUUGCAUUAAAUUAAAUUAAUUGUAGUGGUUUUUUUUAACAAACCUCCGUUUUUUUUUACAUUAUCUAAAGUUUGUAUGUUAAAAUUAAUAGAUAUUAAAAAAACACCAUAUUUUAUAUUUUGGUUUACCGCAAUUUUUAAUGACUUAGAAGUAUAAUAAAAAAAUACAAAAAACGAAAAAAAAAUGGGACAAAUACAUACUGUUGGUCCAAACAAAGCUCUUAUAGUAUCUGGUGGCUGCUGCGGUUCGACCAAACGGAACACCGUGGUUGGAGGAUGGGCUUGGGCUUGGUGGUUCAUAACAGAUGUUCAAUAUCUGUCUCUCGAGGUUAUGACGUUAAAUCCUGUAUGUGAUAAUGUGGAAACUGUACACGGCGUUCCCCUCACUGUUACGGGUGUUGCUCAGUGCAAGAUCAUGAAGGCCGAUGAACUCUUACAGACAGCAUCAGAACAAUUUCUCGGUAGGACCACUUCCGAAAUCAAGCAAACCAUCUUGCAAACUUUGGAGGGUCACCUCAGAGCUAUAUUGGGUACAUUGACCGUCGAAGAAGUUUACAAAGAUAGAGAUCAGUUUGCAUCACUCGUAAGGGAAGUUGCAGCGCCGGACGUCGGACGUAUGGGCAUCGAAAUACUAUCGUUCACUAUAAAGGAUAUAUACGAUAAUGUCCAAUAUUUGACAUCUUUGGGCAAAGCACAGACGGCAGCGGUGAAACGAGAUGCUGAUAUCGGUGUUGCACUGGCUAACCGAGAUGCGGGUAUAAGAGAGGCAGAAUGUGAAAAAUUGGCAAUGGAUGUCAAGUACGGUACCGAUACGAAAAUUGAAGACAAUUCGAGAAUGUUCAAAUUACAAAAAGCUAAAUACGAUAUGGAAGUGAACUCGAUCAAAGCUGAAGCCCAACUAGCAUAUGAGCUGCAGGCUGCCAAAAUCAGACAAAAAAUUAGAAAUGAAGAAAUACAAAUUGAUGUUGUUGAAAGAAAGAAACAAAUUGAAAUUGAAGUUCAGGAAGUGGAACGAAGGGAAAGAGAACUUAAUGCGACUGUCAGGUUACCGGCAGAGGCCGAAAGUUAUCGUGUUCAAGCAAUUGCAGAGGGUAAAAAGACUCAAACUGUUGAAGAGGCGACAGCCGAAGGUGAACGAAUAAAGAAAAUCGGUUUAGCCGAAGCAACCGCAAUAGAGGCCGUUGGCAGGGCCGAAGCACAGGGAAUGUUGUUGAAGGCGAACGUGUUUAAAACUUAUGAGGAAGCCGCCGUGAUGGCUUUGAUCAUGGAUGCCUUACCGAAAAUAGCAGCCGAAAUAGUGGCUCCAUUAUCAAAAAUCGAUGAAAUUGUCUUGUUAAGUGGUAACGGCAAUAUAAGUACUGAAGUUAAUCGACUAGUAGCUCAACUACCACCAGCUGUUCAAGCUUUAUCUGGCGUAAAUUUAACCAAAGUUCUCUCGAAAAUCCCAGGUGCCCAAUAAUUAUUUAUUACAUUAAGCACUAUUGAUUUUUGAUAUUGUGUUCAGAUGUAGUGUUUUGACCACAAACAAAAUAAUAAUAGCCUAAAAAAUAUUAUUUUUAUUAUUUUAUUGCUUUAAAUUGUAUUGAAUGUAGUUAAUGGAAAAUAUGCUUCUGAGUUUAUGCUUUCACAAUUAUACAUUUCUUAACUUAUUUGUUAUCUAAACUAAACUUUAUUAAAAAACUACUUUUUGAAGUUUUUUUACUUAUUAUACUAAACUUAAUGAUAUUUAUUUAGUUUUUUAUUUUUUAUUCACUUGCUUUACUUUUUGAAAAAAAUGUUACUAAUAUUUUGUAAUUGUAUUUUUUUAUUACAUUAUAUGCAUAUUUUUUAUUAUGAGUA